AUGGGAUCAUACAAACCAACACCAUCAGAGUGGACUGUUGAGUCGGCUUUGUCCGCUUUAGCCUACAAGCCACCGAAGUCACCAACCUCGCCCAUUCCAUUCUUCCAUCUCUUAGGGCUACUCAAGACGACAAAACGAGAAGGCUGGCAGCAGGUUGGAAUCGCCUCCGGAGAAUCAAUCGCAGAUCAUAUGUAUCGCAUGUCUAUUAUGACUAUGUUAUGCCCCCCAUCUUUGGCCUCAAAGCUCAACCUAUCGCACUGCGUCCAGAUGAGCCUCGUUCAUGAUAUGGCUGAAUGCCUGGUAGGAGACAUCACUCCGCUGAACAAAGAUAUCACCAAAGCAGAAAAGUCGCGACGAGAAUUGUUGACAAUGGAAUACAUCGGCAACUCUUUGAUCGGCGGUGCUCCUGGGGGUGCGUCGGCACAAGAAAAGCUCAUGGGGCUUUUCCGAGAGUAUGAAGACAACAUUACUCUUGAAGCCCAGUUUGUCCAUGACGUUGAUAAAGUGGAGAUGAUUCUGCAAGUUGUCGAAUACGAACGCUCCCAAAAGCGAGAUUUGUCUGAGUUCUAUCAUGUUGUUGGGGCAAUUCGUCUACCGGAAAUGCAAGAGUGGGCCACUGUAGUGUUAAAGGAACGCGAGGCCCUUGGGAUUUCUAGCAAGAAUUAG